AUGGCUCAUCCCGGUAGACCAAGAGGUCGUAUGAAUAAGAAGACCCAAGCAGCUCAAGCAGCCCAGGCACAGGCUGCAGCUCAAGCCCAAGCGGCUGCUCAGGCACGAGCCCAAGCGGCUUCUCAAGCUCAAAUGCAAGCUCAAAAUAGACUUAAAGAAGAACCUGGAGUUCAUGCUCAUGAUGAUGCUGAUUUAAUCUCGUAUAGAACAGAUGCAUUGGCUCGAUUUAUUAGCAAUCAUGAAUAUAUCGAAAAUAUAACUAUGAAAAUGAUCCAUACUUCAAAGAUUAUUCCACCUACAUUAUUUCCAUUAAUACCAAAGAGAAAUCCUCAGGAGUUUGAUAAACUUUUACCAGAAGAGAUAUAUUAUGGAGAUUUAGAAUAUAUGAAAUUGAAGAGUCAUGCUUUAGAAAGUGAAAUAUCAAAUUUGAAUAAUAAUGUCAACUUUAAUAAAUAUGUACCCCAAGAUGAGAAAUAUAAUUUUGAAAAGGAACAAAUUGAAAAAUUAUCAGAUUUACAAUCAAGAUUAUAUUCAUCAGAAUCAAUAGAGGAGUUGGAGAAGGAGUUUGAUGAUAUAUUAAACACUUACAAUUCAAAAUUCAAUCAUAGUUUCCAAUCCAUGGAAUUAGUUCAACAAUAUAAAGUAUCAAUUAAAGAUCUCAAAGUUCAAUCAGCUCCAGAAAAUUAUAAUCCAAAACUGAUAACGUCACUUAUAAAUGGAAUACCUGGCAAUACCAACAAUAAUAUCAACAAUAAUAACAAUAUCAACACCAAUGGUAUCAAUAACACCAAUAAUAUGAUCAUCAAUAAUAACAAUAACCAAGGUAAUAAUAUAAUCCCCAAUAACGGCAUAAAUACUAAUGGAAGUAAUGAUAUCACCAAUCGAGCUCCAAGUGCUCACAGCAACGGGAAUGGGGUUGAUAUACGGGAUAAUGGAUUAAGUUCUAAUGGUGGUGAUGCUUUCUUGACAUCUACCGAUAAUCCUGAAUCAAUGGACAAUUUCAAUCCUAAUAAUGUAUUCUUAUCUCAAUUUGAUGAUUCAGCCAAUUCAUCUGAUUUCGGAGGUAAUUCAAAUGGUAAGAAUUUCAGUAUGUCAUUAUUAAAUUCAUCAAAUGCAUCAACUAAUGGUGUAGCUACUGGUGGAACCGGUGGAAGUAUGGAUAUUGAAAAUGAUAUACCGGUAAGUGCCAAUGAUCAAUCAAAUAAUGUUACCAAUAGUUCCAAUAAUGUGGGCAACAAUAAUCCUGGUUUAUCCAAUAGUAAUAAUCAAAAUCAACUUCGUUUACCAGACGAUGUAGAAGGAUUGGUUCGUGAUAAUGAAGACGUUGACGAUGAUGACGAUGAUGAUGAUGAUAAUGAUCAUAUUAUGGACGAUGAUGGUGUUGAUGAUGAUGUGUUAUUCCGUGAAACCAAUCUUGAUCCAAACCAACAAGUUGUUGAUGACGACGAUAUCGUUGAUUUAAUCAAUUUCGAUGAAAAUGAUGAUAAUACAGGGUUUGCUCAAGAUUUAUUAUUUAAUUAG